UAAACAAAUUCAACGCGGAAAGUGCUCCAAGAGAAUACGAUAAAUAUGGGAUUUUGUUUUUUCAGAACUUACAUUAGAAAAUCUGUUUGUAUUUAAAGGGACAUCAAAAGAUUUUCCUUCGAAAAAUAUUUUUCACUUCACGCAUAAUUUUUCUCCUUUCAACUGUACUUUCCUAUCACGGGAUUUCCCUAAAUAUGCUUGCCUCAUCAAACUAAAAGUAACCAUACAUCAACGAGUUCCUACGACGACAAAUACGUAUAUACGUAUACAUAAAUAUUAAUAUAUUGUAUAUGUAUCCUUAAAAAAGGAUAACAAAUUUGAAGUGAGUUAUUGAUCAAUCUAAUUUACGAAACUUCACGCUAUACGUAAAACAUUUUAGUCUAAAUUUUCGAUUACAAAGGAAGAGGACGAUAAGAGAGGAAAAGAAGAAGUUAGCUCGUUCAACUACUAACGAAAAAUUAAUUAUUCGUCGGUUAGGACAUUAACAGUCGAAAUAAUAGAAGGAAUUACUCAGGAGUUUAUCAAACUUUUAAUAAGCAAUUAUUUCACAUUUUAAUGAGAGGAAUCAGGGACUUCUAGGUGUGCGGAUUUUUGCAUAAAUUAGGAAAAAGAAAGAAGGAAGAAAAUCUACCGAGCGAGGGAGAGAGAGAGAGAGAAAGAAAGAAAGAAAGAAAAUGAGAAAAAGAGACAAAAAAGGAAGAGUGUGAAACGAGAAACAAAGUGACAGUUUCAGCUCACGAAGAGAAGUUAGAAAGAAAGAGAUAGCGAAUAAUAGGGUCGUCGUGGUAGCGCAAAAGAGGCAGAAUAUACGAGUGGUGGUAAGUGCGAGUGAAAUAGAAGUUCGGAGUGACGCGCAAGCGCCGAUUUGCGGCGUGGAGAACGCUUGCCAUCCGCGUGGCGCGAGUUAGAACUUGGCUUCGUGCUUUUAGUCUUGCCCCGUCCCUUCGUCCAUCCUCGUCCUUGCCCGUCUGCUUACUUGCUACGAUCAGCCCUCUAACCACCACACCACCCUCUAUUCUCGUUCACGCGGGAAAUUUAUCCGCGUGCAUCAAGAACGCGUGCUACUCGUGCCUGAAAAAGAAUCGACUCAUUUGUAAAGAAAAAUUCAUAUCUUUAAUCAGAAUUAGGAUGAUUUUGUUACCGAAGUGCCUGUUCAUUCUAUCGAAGAACAAACUUUAAUUACUAAAUUAUUAUUGGAUAUCUUGGUAUAAUUUAAAAAGGUAAUUGGGGAGAGCUUUGAUGUCGAAUCUUUACAAACAAAAAAAUAGUCUUUAGUGGUCCUUUUUAUAAAUCAACAUAAUAAUAGAAUGUCGGAAGAAUUAUUAUCUUGUCGUGAUUCUACAAUCACCAGAAGAAAUAACAAGUCAAAUACAGCUCAAAGAAGAUGGCGUAUCUUAGCAAAAGCUUUAACAGGCUCUUCGGAUUAUCAAGCAGAAUCAGACGAGGAGAUUUCCGUACGACGUUUCACGAGUUUUGGAUUACUUAAACCGAUUCUCUUGGAAAAUACUAUAACCGAUUCUGACUCUUGCUGGUACGAGUAUUCCGCCAUGUUGGAGAACGAACUCUUUGAAGUUCAGAUACGAAGGAUAAACAAGAAUUUUACUGCGAAUGAACUCAUUGGAUUCAAUAAUACCGGGAAUGUUUGCGUCUGGCCGUCCGAGGAGUGUCUCGCUUACUAUUUGCUAAAGAAUCGUGCUAUUUGUCGAAACAGAAGCGUUCUCGAACUUGGUGGUGGUAUGAGUUGUCUUGCUGGUGUCCUCGUUGCGAAAUACUGCAAUCCGAGUGCGGUCACGCUUACCGACGGCAACGUUACCAGCGUCGAUAACGUUCGUUGUAUCGUCCUUAGAAACGACAUGGCCGAUUUCGUCGAGUGUGGAGUUCUUCAAUGGGCUAGGGCUGCUCGAGCCCUUAGGCAAGCUGCUGUAAAAAAAUGCAAUCGAAAGAUGACACGCAUCAUCGACGAGGAGGAUGAUGACUUACCAAGCAAGAAAGGAUUGUACGAGGUGAUCCUGUGCGCAGAUUGUCUCUUCUUUGACGAUGCCAGGCUUGACCUAGUCGAAACGAUUUAUGGUUGGCUUGCUGACGACGGUGUGGCCCUGGUGAUAGCACCUAGACGUGGAACGACGUUUCAGAAAUUUGCCGAAGCUGCGAUCAAACGUGGUUUCAUAGCCAGGCAAACCGAACGAUACGACAGCGAGGUCUGGUCGAGACAUCUGGAACUUUUGGAUCAGAGCCAAGAAUAUUCAGCCGAUUUGCAUUAUCCUGUUCUCCUGGAACUUUGCAAGCAGAAAAAGACACCACCAGGAUGAUCGAGAUCCAUUGGGGAUGAAGAGGACGACGACGACUAUGACCUUGACGAGAGUUUCACCAAAUGAAAUAUAUUUUUUUACUCUUUGAAAACAAACCCUUCGUGAUAUUGUCUCUCUGUAUUUUGUGAAGUUGUUUCUUGGAAUAGAAAGAACAUAGGAGAUAAAUGAACGUUGUUUAUAUUUUAUGACAACGUAAGACAAAUGAUGGAUUAUGAAGAAACGUUCAAGAGUUCAAGGUUCAACGAUGAUUGUUAAAAAUGAUUCUGAAAAAGUACUUUGCCGUGUCGUUUGGAUUUUAGAAUCGAAAACUCUAAAAGAAAGUUUUCCCUAACACGGUGUAACGUGUAAAACCGAAUGGCAUCGUUGUUCAGCGUUAAUAACAUAUUAGCCAAAUUGACGAUGCUCCAUCGGCUUACUAACAUCAUCUUAAGACUUAGACGACGUUAAAGAUGUUCUUGGAAUACUAUUCUCUAUCUUUCUCUCUCUCUCUCUCUCUCUCUCUCUCUCUCUCUCUCUCUCUCUAAGUUACUUAUUAAAGACCGUUUUCAUUAUACUCGAAAAUGCAUCUCGUUGUGUACGAGCGUGCACGUGCAUUCUAAGUAUAAUAUUUAUACGACGAAGGAAAUGUUUAAUCUUACAAAAUGAGAGUAUAAAAAGGUAGUCAAUAAAAAGAAAAGAAAAGGAAAGAUUAUUUAGCUUGUUAAAGUAACUGUUUUUUAUUGUUUAAAAAGAGUUUAGGAGACCAUUAAGAGAGUCGUAUUCAAUUCGUACCUGAUUUUUCAUAGAACGAAAAAGUCAGUGUUCCGAUAUCUCAUUAUAUGAUCUAAUUGUGUAUGUGUGUGUGUGCGUGUGUGCGUGUGUGCUGACAAAUUUCUAAGUUGUUUCGUACGAACAAUUUGAAUAAAUGUGUUUGACACUUUGGACAUCGAUAUCGAACGGGGAUAAGAAAAUAAAAAAGUUUUUAUUUAAUUUUUAUCUAUGUUGGGGAGUUUCUUUAAAGAUUAAAAGACACUAAAAAAAAUAUUUGUACAAAACUUGUACCGUCAGUGAUACAUUUCUAAUUUAUGUGAUUCUUUUUUUAGAAGAUAUACAAUUUCUCAUUAAGAAUGUUUCGUUAUUAAAAAACUUAUUUAAAAAACGAUGUCAUUGAAUCGAGGAAAUAAUAAGUCGAGGGUUCACCUGGAUCGCGGUUAUUCAAGUUUUAACAUAGUCUCCCCUUGUUUUUCUGCACGAUUACGGAGUAACGCGUGUCUGCUCACUGAUCAAGAGUCUUUGAAAGCGAGUUUAUACAAAAGAGAAAAAAAACGGGAGAAAGGGGAAGAGUUCUUUAACCACCCUUAUACGAAGUCACUCUCCGUUGACAAUGUGGACGAUGAUCGGAUAAGCUUAUUCUCUCUCUCUCUCUCUCUCUCUUUCUCUUUCUCUCUUUCUCUCUUUCUCUUUCUCUCUCUCUCUCUCCUCUCAUUUUAUCUUGCUUUUGUCUGAAGAAUUUUCGAAAAAAUUCAACGACAUAUCGUAUAGGUAUAUUGUAUCGUUUUGUCGUCUAUAUCCGAGAUUGCUCGUUUGCCGUUUUCGAUAGAAAAGAUCAACGUUGUGUUGAUGAAAGAAAUAAAAGGAAUGGUUCGGAUGCGGUUGACGGCCGGUGCUGAAAAUAAAUAUCAACGUGAAUACUUUCGAAGGAUCGAUCGAGUUCUUCCCUUCUAUGCUUUUCAUUCGAUUAUCCAUCCCCUUUUUUAAAGAAGCGAACGAAUUAGAUAAAGAAAAAAAAAAGGAAAGGAAAAAGAUAUGCUUCGAUUUUUUUUAACUUUUUGAUCGAUUCGAAAAUCUACGGGGUCGAGGAUCAAAUUAAGAAAUCGUAGUAGCUUCUUUAAUCUCAACUUCUUUCACGCUCGAACGAACAAGAUUCGAAAGACCAUAACCGCGAACAACAACGGUGACUCGACUACUGUCGUUAACUAACAGACAACGUUGUAAUAACGUUGUUGCGACAAUGAAUAAUGAUAGAGAAAGUAGGGGAGAGAAAAAAAGGCCAGAUACCGAGUAGCCAGACGCGAUAAGUCGACCCCAUCGCGAUCCAACAUCGAUCAAACUCGACGAAAUAUAUUCCUCCAUUUUGCUUGACAUAAUAUCGCGAACGUCACGAUCUCUACAUACAGGAUACUUCAGAUCUAAACCGACAGACUUUGCAAACAUGUUGGGGAGAUAAUUGUGAGUUCAAAAUCUUUUGUCAUAUAUACCAUGGGACUUUAUUCGUCUUCAUUUUGAAAAUAUAAAUAAAAAUACUGACAAGUAUGGUAGAUUUUUUGUUUUUUUUUUUCUAAUAGAUGUUUAUGAAAUCGAGGAUGUAAUUUCAUGGAAAACUUUACGUACUGAAUAAAUGUUAUUGAAUAAUAGCAGAAAUUAGAAUUGUUGUUUACUUUCAAUAAUAAUCUUGCUAAUAUUCAGCGAAUACGGUUCGUGAAUACGGUACUCACUUAUUUGCGCACACAAACAGACAAGAAAUGAUCAUUUUAAACAACUUGUGUAAAUCAGUGUAGACAAAAUGUUUGAAAUAAAUGAUUAUCAUUAAAGGUUAAGUACCUUUUAAUAGAGCUGAUUACUUGUGGUUUAUAUUACUUUCUCUAUUUUAUCUCGGAAACGAAGACAAAUCGAUUCAUGAUGUUAUAUAACAUUUUCUACUCAAAAUGAACUCCAAACGUGUUGGCAAAGUUUGUCGGCUUUCAUUUGAAAUACCCUAUAAAUAUAUAUUUAUUUAACGUAUUUAUAUACUCGACGACUCGUUACAUAUUGUUUUGAUUGUAAUUCUAUGUUCUAUAUAUUCCAUUCUAUUUAAAUGAAUUAUAAUUGUGGCUUUAUUUUAUUUAUCAUUUUAUUAUGCACUUUAAAAAUACUUUUUCAUUUGUAAGAGUGAAUGAAUUAGUUUAUCUCCUUUUAAAAUAUAUUUAUUUGGAUAAUGUUGAAAAACAUUUUAUUAUCUGUUAUCAGUUUUUGUAAGAGAAGAAAAAUCAUUUAAUGUCGUUUGAAAUAAUUAAGGGUCCAAAGCUCUUACGAAGAGUCUCCUUUAAGAUUUUUCAAACUUUCAUAAUGCGAAAAAUUUAGAUAAAUUUUUAGCAGCUAUAUAUAGUUUUUAUAGAAAUAAUCAAUAGAUAAUAUAUCGAAAAAGAAUACAAUAUACAUAUUCAAUUAUUAUUACGAGUUUUAAUAUGCAAAUUGCUUACUUAAUACAACAAAUUAUAUAAUGCCAGUUUCAUAUAUGUAAAGUCUUCUAAUCUUGUUAUAUUAUUAAUCGUAUUCACACUUUUCUGAUUAUUAUGAAAAACUAAAGAAAAAAAAAUAUAUUAAGAAAUCGCUCGCAAAUGGUAAUAGACAGUAAUAUUUUAUCACUAAAGAUGUUAGAAAUGUAUUAUAUCAUACGAACAAAUCUUUAUUUCAAUAUUCGUAUAACGAAACAAUUAUCAUAUUUAAUUCUAAUACGAACAAAGUUGGAGUCAACCUUAUUCCUAUUCUAUUUGUUAAGAUUAUAUCGUAUAAAUAAUAUAAGAAUAAAUUUUGAGAUAAAUGUUUUUCUUAUUGACUUAUUUCACGAAGUAAAGGAAAAAUGUUUUUCUAACGUAUGAGAAUGUGUGUUAGUCGUAAAAGAAAAUGAUUGUUUGAACGAAAGGUAAAGAAAGUUUGUAUAGAUUAAGGUAGCCCUUUAGUAAUAGAAAGGAUAAUUACGUAAAAAGUCGUUCGUUUAAAAGGUCUAAUCUGACCCUAAUCCCGAUCGUUUCUUCUUUUCCUAUAUUCUAUAUGCCUUUCCAACUCCAAUGUCGUUACCUCGAAGGACCAAUCUAGUUAAGUCUAGUCAAGACUACCAAACUUCCAUUAUCACGUACCAACUAUGUAUCCACAAAUAGCGUCUAUUAUAUAAGUAUAUUCACGAUUAUAUCAUAUACUCGAGAAAUUCUCGAAUAAUAAAA